CUAUAAAUUCAAUAGAGCGAAUUAGUAAAGUCCUUCUUUGCGCCAAUUAUGAUAAAACGCAUGUCUUGUCUCUCUGUCAAGGGAAGAGUGACGGAAACGUGUAGCUGAACAUUAUUGCAUAUCAAAUGAAGAAUUGAGCGAGGGACGGUGCUCUGCUCUGUAAGUUUGGCUUGCUUUUUUUUUAUGGUUAGUGUGAUUAAUUAAUAAAUUAAUUAAAUUUUCGUGUGGGGAAAAAUCUCACUGCAUUUUGGGGUGGUUUUUAUCGUUAGUUUGUUAGAUCUUUACAUUCAAUUCUUGGUAGUUGACGGAAGAAAAAUGAAAUCGAAACACCUUAUGUUGUCAAGAGCAGGGCAACAUGGAGAGAGUCCGUUUUCCUUUUUCCAUGUAUUAUAUAUUUGUGGAUGCAAAGAAGCAAAACACUCUCAGAUCUCCCCUCAUCAUUCGGCUGUAGAACCUCUCCCCUUCCCUAUUUCUGUCAACCUUUUCCCCUCUGCUCUCCAUUCUCAACUAUUAGCUCUUUGGCUCUCAUCUUUGACCCUUAUGUUCCCUCUCUCUAGCUCUCUCUCUCUCUCUCUCUCUCCCCCUAUCUCUCUCGCUUACCCUAAGAAAUCAUUUACAAGGUAAAGUUUCAUCCUUUACUUUUUAUGCCGUUGAUAUAAUCUCUACCUUUUUUCGUAUAUUGUUUUGGGCGAGGAAUGCGUGUUUGCCUGCAUAUGGGUAGUUUUGUUAUGUGAUUCAACGAUGUGGGGUUAGUUUAGUUUUUUGAAGUAGUUUGUUUGUUGGUGUGAUCUUGGCGACAUGAAUAAAAUUUUGGGAUUGUGAAUUUGCAGAUCUAUGACUGAUGGGCGUAUAGAUAUAUUUAUUAUUGUUCAAUAUAUUUGUUCUUGAAUUGUUUGUUAAAAUCCUCCAGUUUUACAGUCCUUUCCAUAUGGUGCCUAUUUUAUGGGUGAUUUCAGUUAUCAAGAUUCUUAUGCUUUUAAUCAACUAUGAAAAUUGAGAUUAGCUCUUCUAUGAUUCCAGAAAUUCGAUAAUUUACGUUUCUAAGUAGAUGCAAUUGUUUGAUCUAAUGAUACAAAUAAUAGAUCGAGUUGAUUAACAAUGAGGUUUGAUAUAUUGGCUUUGAUUUCAGGAGAUUUCAUAGGGUUUAUAAAGAAUGGUGAAGAUAUGUUGCAUAGGAGCUGGCUAUGUCGGCGGCCCAACAAUGGCCGUGAUAGCACUAAAAUGCCCCAAAGUUCAAGUCUCUGUUGUUGACAUCUCCACUCCUAGGAUCACCGCUUGGAAUAGUGAACACCUCCCCAUAUACGAGCCAGGCCUCGACGAUGUGGUCAAACAAUGCAGGGGUAAAAACCUCUUCUUCAGCAAUGAUGUAGAGAAACUUGUCGCCGAGGCUGACAUCGUCUUCGUCUCUGUCAACACCCCAACCAAAACUCAAGGCCUUGGUGCUGGCAAAGCUGCCGAUCUCACCUACUGGGAGAGCGCCGCUCGCAUGAUUGCUGAUGUAUCCAAAUCAGACAAGAUUGUGGUGGAGAAAUCCACAGUCCCCGUGAAAACUGCAGAGGCAAUCGAGAGGAUUCUGACCCACAACAACAAAGGAAUCAACUUCCAAAUUCUCUCCAAUCCGGAAUUCCUUGCUGAGGGAACCGCAAUUCAGGACCUCUUCAAUCCCGAUCGUGUCCUCAUUGGUGGUAGAGAGACUCCCGGUGGACAAAAAGCAAUUGCAACAUUGAGGGAUGUGUAUGCUCAUUGGGUUCCAGUGGAGAAAAUCAUUUGCACAAAUCUAUGGUCUGCUGAACUUUCAAAGCUUGCAGCCAAUGCCUUCUUAGCACAGAGGAUUUCGUCGGUCAAUGCCAUGUCAGCACUGUGCGAAGCCACUGGUGCAGAUGUCACGCAGGUUUCACAUGCUGUCGGUAAAGACACAAGAAUUGGUCCCAAGUUCUUGAAUGCAAGUGUCGGGUUUGGUGGUUCGUGUUUCCAAAAAGAUAUCCUUAACUUGGUCUACAUUUGUGAGUGCCAUGGACUUGCUGAGGUGGCAAACUACUGGAAACAGGUGAUCAAGAUUAAUGACUACCAGAAGACAAGAUUCGUGAACAGGAUCGUUUCAUCGAUGUUCAAUACUGUGUCUGGAAAAAAAAUUGCAAUCCUAGGUUUUGCCUUCAAAAAGGAUACCGGAGAUACAAGGGAGACGCCAGCAAUUGAUGUUUGCAAAGGGUUGAUUGGUGACAAGGCCAAGAUUAGCAUUUACGAUCCUCAAGUUCAGGAGGAGCAAAUUACAAGGGAUUUGUCAUUGAAGAAGUUUGAUUGGGACCAUCCAGCUCAUCUCCAGCCUAUGAACCCAACCUCGGUGAAAGAGGUUACUUGUGUCAGGGAUGCUUAUGAGGCGACAAAGGGAGCUCAUGGGAUCUGUAUUUUGACUGAGUGGGAUGCGUUUAAGUCGCUUGAUUACCAAAAGAUCUUUGAUGGAAUGGAGAAGCCUGCAUUUGUGUUUGAUGGACGGAAUGUUGUUGAUGCUGAGAAAUUGAGGAAUAUUGGGUUUAUUGUUUAUGCUAUUGGGAAGCCUUUGGAUGCUUGGCUGAAGGAUAUGCCGGCUGUGGCUUAGAAGAACAAGCAUAAGAAACACCAAAGAUGGAAGGAAGAAGUUUUCAAAGUUCAAAUUUUUUUUAUCAUUCAUUUAGUAACAUGUUUUUCUCUUUUUGUUUUUAAUUAUGUUUUGAAUCAUAGCAUCUGGGAUUAAUGUUGCAUUACUGCUUACAUUGUAUUUUGGAGGGUUUAUGGACAUUAUGUUGAGUGUUUGUGGAAACAAUAUAGUGGUAGUAGAAAAUAUUAUUCAAGAUUAUAUAGUAUUGUUUGUCAACUAUUGCUUUGAAUAAAAUGGGUGGUUCAUUAUACUUCAAUUUACACAUCUUGUUUCUUUAUGGAUAUAUUAUUGUAUUUUUCAUGCUCCAAAAUGUUAGAAAUGAUAUUGAAUUACUCCACAUGAUUUUAAUUUAAAGAUAUCCCGCCUUGAAGGACUAAAAAGUGGGGGAUUUGACACCCUUAAUCUAGAACAAGAUAACGUUUAAGCCACCUAGUCGGUUUGCAACGUGCAAAUCACCUAAAGGGUUGCAACAUGAAAACCGAGGGAAAAAGGGUUUGUCACAUGCAAAAUAAAUAAAAUUAUUAUUUUUAAAUAUAUUAUAUUUAUUCAGAAUUUAAAAUAUCAUAUUUGCUAUUUUUUGUAAUUAUAUUUUUCUCUCUCCCAAGUCUCCAUCUCUCGCACUUCUAGUCCAUGGCCGCCUCUCUGCCUUCCUUUGAUAGACUUCCUACAACCACCGUCCUCCGACCACCUAACUAAACACUAAUGCACUUGGGAGAAAGAUAAAAAUCAUUACUACUUAACCAUUAUCAGUGCGUUUGGGAGAAAGACAAAAUAUGUACCAACGUUUGGAAGGAAGAGCUCAUAUAUGAGUUAAAAAAAGACAAAAGCAGUACCACUGUAUCCGGGAAAAAGACAAACCAAUACAAGUGCGUUUGAGAGGAGGAGCUAGGAUAUGAGUUUUGGAAAAUCCUAAAGGAAACUCAAUACAAUAUUGUUCCUUUCAACAAAUGAGUCAGACCAUGCUUAACAAUUAAUAACUUAACUGUUAACUAUGUAACCGAUCAUCACCAUCAAUAUCGAUUGACCUUGUCACUAUCCAGAUAAAUUGAUUUCAAUUUUAAAAUGUCUACAUCAAUAAGAAGUUGUAGUUGUGUUUUCAUAUGACCGGUAAAGGUGGACCGAAGUAUCAAACGAUCGACCAUAGUAUCACGGUCGACCCGUAGGUGUGAAAGUAGCUGAUCGACCAUUGCCUAUUUUUGUCUCAUCGGACUUAAUCGAUUGGUACGUAGUUAACCGCUAACUCGUUGUUGCUAUCCACUAAACCUCUGGUAACUCGAUAGGAGCAUUGUUCUUUUAUUUACAACUAAGUCACAUCAUGAUUAACGGUUAACAGCUAAUCAUUAAUAGUAUAACCAACCAUCACCCUUAAUAACGGUUGACCUCGUCACUACCCAUAUCAACUAAUUUCAAUUGAAAAUAUCUUCAAGAAUAAGUUAUAGUUGUAUUUCAAUAUGAUCGGCAAAGGUCGACCAAGAUAUCAUAAGACAAUUUUUUGCUUGGGUUUAACCUGUAAUCCACCCUUAUUUUGUUAUCCAGAUUCAUCAUAUUAAACAAUUCAAAUAACUCGUAUUGGGAGUUUAACCCAAGUCACCAAAGUAAAGUCUAGAUGACAUG